AUGAUAUACCACGGGAAGCGCCUGGCCUGCCUUCUUGUUGCCGGCGCCAUGUACCCGGCCGCCUUCCUGCUCUCGGCCCUUAUCCAGUACCAAGGAACCGUGUUUCCUCCUGGGAUCGAUCAACCCCUGAAGGCCCGCAUCUGCCAGACGACGUUCAUCACGGGGUUAAUUUUGGGAAUUGUUUUAGAGGAGCUGGGUUUGUGCACCUUCCCCAAUUUCUUACGGCUUUGGACUAACGGAAUACCUCCACGUAGGGAUCUGUCCCUCGUCAUUCGGAAUGAGAAAUUUGAUGGGGUGCCGGUGAGGAUCUACUCAUCCAGAACGGUGCCAGCUAUGAAAAGAAAAGCUGUGCUUUACUUCCAUGGAGGAGCAGGCAUUUUUGGAAGCAUCGAUGCCUACGAAAGAAUCCUGCGCCACAUGGCCAAAGAGGGGGAUGCGACGGUGGUGGCGGUUGGAUACGGACUUGGGCCAGAGAAUCCUUAUCCAAACCAGUAUAUUGAAUGUCUGAAGGCUGCUGUCUACCUCAUGAAACAUGGAGAAGAUUAUGGCGUAGACAGUUCUCGUAUUAUCAUUUCCGGAGACAGCUGUGGGGCUAAUUUUGCCACACGCAUUUGCCAGUUACUGGUGGACCGCAGAGACCUUCCCAAGGUCCAUGCUCAAGCACUGAUCUAUCCUGGACUGCAGGCCUUGAACUUGUCUUUGCCAUCCUAUCAGCAGAACUGCAGAAGUCCCUUCUUGUGGAGUAAACUGGUCACCUACUUUUGCUGCCGCUACCUUAACAAGUCGACUUCCUUUGCAAAUGAUCUUCUGAAGGGCAGCCAUGUCCCCAAGGCUAGUCGAGUGAAGUACCGGAAGUGGGUGAAUGCCGACAGCAUCCCUGAACGGUUCAAAGUCAGGGGUUACACAGAACAAGACCACUCUUUGUCUAAUUUUAACCCUCAGCUACAUGAAGAAAUGAAAGAGUUGCUCUCGGAAAACAUUUCCCCUUUGCUAGCCGAAGAUGCGGUCGUCUGCAAACUCCCUCAGACCUUCCUUUUGACUUGCGAGUAUGAUGUCCUUCGAGACGACGGGCUGCUGUACAUGAAGCGGCUGAUGGACAAUGGUGUGCCGGUAACCUGGAGCCAUGUUGAGAACGGCAUGCAUGCAAUCAUGGUCUUUUUUGGCUAUGGCAUCCUGUCCUUUCCUUCAGCAGAAAGGAUUGUCCAUGAUGUUACCGAUUUUAUCAGACGUUUGUGAGGCCAAAAUGAAACCGAGAGAGGGACAUCGCUUUUUCAUCUUAUUCCUAAAACACAGAGAAUUUGGUGGCUGAGACUUGUGCUCCCCUUAGGAAAAACUGCUUAAGUGGUGGUCAACCAACCCUGGACCGGCGGGGGUCCUCCCCACCAGAAGGCAGCUCUUAAGAUCCAAGGGACUCUCCGGUUCAGAAGAGCUCUUGAAGAAGAUGGCCCUACAGCCGCUUCUCAAGACAGAUAGCCUCAAGAGUGACAGAAGUUGUGCCGAUGAUCCCCACCGCCCUGAAGUGUGUGUGCGUGUGUGUGUGUGUGUGUGCGUGUGUGCGUGUGUAUGCCAGCCAAGGAGGGCCACAGAUGGACUGAGCCUGGAAAAGGAGGACCUUCACACCUGGGCCGCUCUAACAAAAGCAGUACAGGAAGACCCACUACUCCCAGGGGCAAUUUCAGAAUGAGAACCGAAGAAAGUCCUCUUGGUGUGUGUGUGUGUAUAUCUGAAUUCAUCCCUUUCAGUGGCACCCCAAUGUCCGAUCCCCCGACAGCAAAACCCCAUCAAUUCACCCAGAAAAUUUCCAUCCUCAAGAGGCCGGGGGUGGGUGGAUGUGCGGGAAGCUCCCCUCUAAAGAGACCCGCAGGGCGAAUCU